CUGUAUGAGAAUAAAUUCCCAGUACCGAAGCCAAUCGAUGUGUGCCGUCAUUUGGUUGUUAUGGAAUUCAUUGAGGGCGAUACGCUUUGUCAUGUACAAGAAGUUGAAGAUAAGAGCCACUGGCCAGAUUCCGAUUAUUUCGAAAUACUGUGCACGCUGCGACUAAAAUUUCAGAAAGGGAAGCCCGUGUUGAUUGAUAUGCCGCAGAUGGUGAGCAUGGAUCAUCCGAAUGCUCAGUUUUACUUCGAACGAGACGUCAAUUGCAUUCGAACUUUUUUCAGAAAGCGGUACGCAUCCCUUUGUGAUCAUCUUAUUUAG